ACUUCUUUUCUUUUGUUUUAGGUUUGGAGAACCUGACACAACGCCAAAAUGUUUAACAAAUCGUUUGGGACGCCUUUUGGAACCAGCACGGGGGGCUUUGGGACAACUUCAACUUUUGGACAGAAUACUGGCUUUGGCACGACGAGCGGAGGAGCAUUUGGGACAUCUGCUUUUGGAACAAACAAUAACACAGGAGGACUCUUUGGGAACACGCAGACCAAGCCAGGAGGACUGUUUGGUUCAAGCACAUUCAGCCAGCCAGCCACGUCCUCCACAAGCACUGGUUUUGGAUUUGGAACAUCAACGGGAACGUCCAGCGGCUUAUUUGGGACUGCAAGCACUGGCGGAGGUCUUUUCUCAUCCCAGAACAAUGCCUUCGCACAGAAUAAACCCGUGGGGUUUGGCAACUUCGGGACAAGUACAAGCAGCGGCGGCUUAUUCGGAACCACAAACACAACCUCCAACCCAUUUGGGGGCACGGCCGGCUCCCUCUUCGGAUCGACGAGCUUUACAACUGUUCCAACCGGCACCACCAUUAAAUUCAAUCCGCCCACCGGCACUGACACGAUGGUCAAAUCUGGAGUCAGUACGAACAUCAGCACGAAACAUCAGUGCAUUACAGCGAUGAAGGAAUAUGAAAGCAAAUCACUUGAGGAACUUCGCUUGGAGGAUUAUCAAGCAAAUCGCAAAGGGCCCACCAACCCUGUAGGGGCUGGAGCGACUCCUGGGCUUUUUGGGUCAUCCACGGCUACAUCCAGCGCUGCCACAGGACUCUUUGGCUCCUCGACCACAAACACCGGCUUUUCGUACGGACAGAACAAAACGGGCUUUGGAACCAGCACGACUGGUUUUGGAGCAGCGACAGGGGGCCUCUUUGGGCAGGCGCAACCAACCACCAGCCUCUUCAGCAAGCCCUUUGGGCAGGCAACGACCGCACAGAACACCGGCUUUUCAUUUGGGAACACGGGCACCCUCGGGCAGCCCAAUACGAACACCAUGGGUUUGUUUGGAGCAACGCAGCCCUCUCAGACCGGAGGCCUUUUCGGAACUGCUGCAAAUACGAAUACCGCGACUGCCUUUGGAACUGGAACAGGCCUCUUCGGACAAGCCAACACAGGAUUUGGCGUUGGUGGCUCGUCCCUUUUUAGCAACAAGCCUGCUGGAUUUGGAACCACAACCACCAGCGCGCCCUCAUUCGGAACGACGACCGGCAGCCUUUUCGGCUUUGGGGCAAAUACCACUGGAAACAGCCUGUUUGGAAACAAGCCUGCGGCGCUGGGAACCGGACUCGGAACAGGAUUUGGGACAGCCCUUAAUGCCGGGCAGACUUCCUUAUUUGGGAGCACCCAGCCCAAACUUGGAGGCACUCUGGGGACAGGCGCAUUUGGAGCCGCUGGAUUUAACACGGCCACUGCAGGACUUGGCUUCGGAGCUCCUCAGCCUGCUGUGGCUCUGACAGACCCGAACGCGUCAGCAGCCCAGCAAGCGAUUCUUCAGCAGCACCUCAACAGCCUGACUUACUCCCCUUUCGGAGAUUCUCCGCUCUUCAGAAAUCCCAUGUCUGAUCCAAAGAAGAAGGAAGAGAGACUGAAGCCAACCAAUCCCGCGGCCCAGAAGGCGCUGACCACGCCCACUCACUACAAGCUGACCCCUCGCCCUGCGACGAGGUUGCGGCCGAAAGCUUUGCAGACGACGGGGUCCUCCAAGUCUCACCUCUUUGAUGGCCUGGACGACGACGAGCCAGCCCUGUCCAAUGGGGCUUUCAUGCCCAAGAAGAGCAUCAAGAAACUGGUACUGAAGAAUCUCAACAGCAGCAGUCUGUUUUCUCCGGUCAGCGGUGAAGCCGAAGACCUCGCCUCUCCCUCUGAGUAUCCAGAAAAUGGGGAACGAUUCCACUUCCUCUCCAGGUCCAUCGAUGAGAACCACGGGCCGGACGGAGAGCAGGAGGAGGAAGACGAUCGCCACGAGGUGAGCAGCUUCUACACCAACCCCAUCGCGAAGCCUGUCCCUCAGACCCCGGAGAGCCUCCUGCACAAGCACCAGAACCACGUGGAUGACACCAUCAUGGCCCUGAACAUGCGAGCGGCCCUGCGGAACGGGCUGGAAGGCAGCAGCGAAGACGCCUCCUUCCACAAGGACUCUCUGCAGGAGGACCGGGAGGAGGAGACCGAGAACGCGCCCCAGGUGCACCCCGCAGGGAUUUGCUUAACCCGAGUGGGCUACUACACAAUUCCAUCGAUGGAGGAGUUGGCCAGAAUGACCAGCGACAAGGGAGAGUGCGUGGUGACGGACUUCACCAUAGGCCGUAAAGGCUACGGCUCCAUCUACUUCGAAGGAGAAGUCAGUCUAACUAAUCUGGACCUCGACGACAUCGUGCACAUCCGCAGGAAAGAGGUGAUCGUCUAUCCUAACGACGAGCUAAAGCCGCCCAUCGGGGAAGGCCUCAACAGGCGAGCCGAAGUCACGUUGGAUGGCGUUUGGCCGACCGACAAAACCUCCCGAGCCUUGAUCAAGAGCCCCGAGCGCCUGAUGGAGAUGAACUACGAGGGCAGGCUGGAGGCUGUCUCUCGGAAACAGGGUGCCCAGUUCAAGGAGUACCGCCCAGAGACAGGCUCGUGGGUAUUCAAGGUUGGGCACUUCUCCAAAUAUGGCCUGCAGGAUUCCGAAGAAGAGGAGGAAGAGCCCCUGUCCAAAGUGGAGGCGAAGAAGCUUAAAACGGCCCAGGCCCCCCCGCUGGGCCAGUCCCAGCAAGGGGCCCUGAACAGGAAGCCAGCGCCCACCUCCCAGAGCCCUGAUGUUGAACAGCUGGGGAAGGCCGUGGAGCUGGACAGCGACAUGGCAGACGUCACUCAGGAAGCUGCUCUCGAGUCUGCUGCGGAUGAGAGCCUGGGAGAGGAGCCGGAGCUCGUGCCGGCCUCCACGCACAUCGCCUCCUCCCUGGAAAUCAACCCUCACACUUUGCAGAUCAUGAAGGCCUCCUUGCUUGCCGAUGAGGAAGAUUUGGACCUGAUCCUGGAUCAUGGCUUUAGUCGGCAGCUCACCCCUGCGGACACCCCUCAAGCGAUCUGCUCUCCUAGGCUUCCCAUCUCCUCUUCGUCACGAGGACAGAAGAGCCGUCCUUCAGGAGUUGGUGGGCUGCUGCAGUCGAAGCUCUUGAGCGGAUCCUUCCUCCUGCCGGCCGCUCCCCUCCAAGAUGGCCGCAGCCUGAGGACUUCCUCCUCGUUUGGCGGAGCCCCCUUGGUGCCUCCGUGGCCCACGCUCUCCCCGCUAGCUCCUGCCAUCACCGUCUCCAGCGCUGCACCCGACAUGCCCCUGAAAGUGGUGGGGGUGCGCAGGCAGCCCGGCCUGGUGCCCCUGGAGAAAUCCAUCGCCUACGGGAAAGGGAAGCUCCUGAUGGACAUGGCGCUCUUCAUGGGGCGCUCCUUCCGCGUCGGCUGGGCACCCAACUGGACUCUGGCCCACAGCGGGGAGCAGCUGAGCCGUUCAAGCGAUCCGGCAGACAGCCCUGACGAGUCCUUGGAGUACGGAUUCCUGCCUGCGCCUGUCGCUCCUAAGCAGCUCUCCGAGUCCCCCUUCAAAGUUCACAUGGAGAAGUUGAGUUUGGAAGGAAAGGCGGCGGAUGGGGACCAGCACCUGUACCUCGUUCCGCUGGAGAUCAAGUUGAAGCACAGCACGGUCCACAUGGACGAGCCGUGUCCUCUCCUGACCCCCAACCCUGGAGUAACAGCCGUCCACGAAUACGCCGCGUGGGCCAGAGAGGCAGCUGGAGACCCAGAGGAAAGGGAAGCCGUGGUCAAGCACUGGUGCUUGGUGUGGACCUUGUGUGGGGCGCUCUGGGGGCAACUGAAGGAGCUGGAGGCCCGCCUGGAGGAGCCCAGCGAGUACAUCGUGGCCCUGGAGCGCCGGAAGGCCUUCUCCCAGUGGCUCUCGCAGACGGCGGCCGAGCGUAUCGAGGACGAGGUCUCUCUCAGCCAGCACCACAGCCCUGCCGAGGCGGUCUUCAGCUACCUCACCGGGAAGCGGAUCGGCGAAGCCUGUGGGCUGGCUCAGCAGUCUGGGGACCACAGGCUGGCGCUGCUCCUCUCCCAGCUGGUGGGCAGCCAGGAGGUCCGAGAGCUCAUGGCCAUGCAGUUAGCGGACUGGCACCAUCUGCAGGCGGACUGCUUCAUCCAGGACGAGAGGCUGCGCAUCUUUGCCCUACUAGCUGGCAAGCCGGUGUGGCGUCUGUCAGAGAAGAGGAGCAUCAAUGUCUGUUCCCAGCUGGACUGGAAGCGCACCGUUGGCGUCCACCUCUGGUACCUGCUUCCCUCCACGGCGCCGCUGUCCCAGGCCCUGAGCAUGUACGAAGCUGCGUUCCAGGACUCCUCUGCGUGUGAGAAGUACGCUUGCUCUCCGUUGCCGCCGUAUCUGGAAGGCUCAGGCUGCGUGAUCGAGGAAGGCGAUUCACAGCGCUCCGUGCAGGAUGUGUGUUUUCACCUCUUAAAACUGUACAGUGACAGGUGCUAUGAUCUCCACCAGCUGCUGGAUCCUCAGAGCAUCACUGCCAACCCCUUGGACUACCGCCUCAGCUGGCACCUCUGGGAAGUGCUGCGUGCCUUAAAUUACACCCACCUGUCGGAGCAGUGCCAGGGAGUGCUGAACGCCAGCUACGCAGCCCAGCUCGAGAGGGAGGGGCUGUGGGAGUGGGCGGUCUUUGUGCUCCUUCACACGCCCAACGCACACGUCCGCGAAAGGGCGGUGCGUGAGCUCUUGAGCCGUCACUGUGUGCUCUCGGAGACCCCCGACUCCUGGGCCAAGGAGGGUUUCCUCAUGGAACGGCUGUGCGUGCCCCCAGAGUGGAUUUACGAAGCCAAGGCCGUGAGGGCCAAGGUGCAGGGGGACAAGCACAAGGAGGCCCUGUACUUGUCCAGAGCUGGGCACUGGAACCAAUGUCACAGGCUGGUUGUCAGGCAUUUGGCAGCAGAUGCCAUUAUCAACGAAAAGUACACCUACCUGAAAGGGUUCUUGGAAGACAUGGCCGCCCCGGAGCACAGCCCGCUGAUCCAGGACUGGGAGACGGAAGGGCUGGUCUUCUCGGACUACAUCCAGGUCAUCGAGGCCCUCGGCAGGAUUCAGCAGCUGGAUUGUUCCGGAUACGAGCUGGAGGACUUACACACCCGAGUGACGUCCCUCUGCAACAGGAUCGAGCAGGUGCCCUGCCACAGCGCCAAGGACAGGUUGGCGCAGUCCGAAAUGGCCAAGAGCAUCGGGAACAUCUUGCGCGUGGUGCUGAGCUUGCAGCACCCCCCGGACUCUGUCUCGGACUCCGCCCCCGACGUCCAGAGAGUGCCCUUGCGCUUGCUGGCCCCCCACAUCGGCCGGCUCCCCCUGCCCGAGGACUACGCCUUGGAAGAGCUCCGCGGCCUCACGCAGUCCUACUUGCGGGCCUUGACUGUGACCCAGUGAGGCCAGCCUGCCUCUGGACGUGGGCAGGACCGGUCCUUGCUUCUACCCGGGGCCCCAGUUGGAGGGCUUGAACGCUCACCCUCCUCGCCUGCCUGCCUGCCACACCGGACUUCUUUCCCGCCCCCAGACGCACUGUGGCUGCCUCCCGGCUGGCUCGUGGCCAUGACAUUGGAGCUCACGGACCUGGUGGGGGUGUUCUCGAGCCCCUCCCCAUGUGGUUUUUGCAGCGUCAAUAAAGCCUCUGCUGCCGCGGAAGUCAGCCAGCCAGCCAGGGGGUGGGGCGCUUCUCAAGCCUGCGAUGUCAGAAUCUCUGAAGCGACGGCGGAGGCAGCUCGAGCAGCCCUCUCAGCAGCGCUUUCCUCGGAGGGCUUCUUUUUGGCCUGAGGGGAGUUUGGGACGUGUCUGAGAUUGCCGAGGGGAGGGGCGGGGAGGGAGCCUCUACCAUGGUGCAAGCCCUUCAGUGGGUGCAGAGGCCUUUUCUCCGAAGGGGGGGGGGCGGGAGCUCGGGCUGCUGAGAAGAGGGAGGUGGGGGCCCCUUCCCUUCCUCGUGAGAAGACCGAGGCAGGUUUUCUGGGGGAGGAGAUGCUUCUGUUUGAGCCGCUGUGCCAGGCAGGCACUAUGGCUGAUGCCGGGCCUCGGCUUGCUAAGUCCAGGCAGCGGAUGUUAGCUUCUGGGGGGGGGGGGGGUGUCUCCUCCUGGCGGUGAGUCACCUUGCGGUGUGGUUUUGUCACAUUUGCAGGGGGGCAGGCUUGGAGGGCAAGAGGCAGUUUGACAAGAAGGCGGCAGGAAGCCUCCCAUAGCCUCUUCUGUGCGCCUCGUGGCCUGAGCCUGAGCGAGCGAGGCAAGCCGGGCACGUGGUGGGUGGGGCGGGAGUCAGUGGAGUAUGUGUGUGUGUGUCGCGUGUCAGCAGAUGUGGGGGAAUGCAUGAAGCUUAGGUAAAGGUUUUUAUUAAGAACUAUAAAUAAAUGAUCCAGAUUAUUUUCUUGUCUCUUUUCUGGAAAUACUUUCUAAGAAAAUAAAAUAAAAUGUUUAUAGCA